AUGUUGAGAGCAUCACCAUCACUAUUCCGAUUAACCACCGCCACCAUGUUCUCUUCUACUUCUUCCAUUUCCUCUCUCAAAAACCCUAACUUCCUCUUCGCUUCAACUUCAUCACCGCAUGCUUCAAAAUUCUCCAUUCUUUCUCACUCUCUUUCGUUUUCCAACAAUCGCAAUCGCAUCUCCCUUCGAUGCUUCGCUUCUCGGCCAAUUCAUGUCGUCAAUCCCAUCGUCGAAAUGGACGGUGAUGAAAUGACCAGGAUUAUAUGGACGAUGAUAAAGGAUAAACUUAUAUUUCCUUACCUGGAUCUGAACAUAAAGUAUUUUGAUUUGGGGAUUGAAAAUCGCGAUGCUACUGACGACAGAGUGACUGUCGAAAGCGCGGAAGCUACUCUCAAGUACAAUGUUGCUGUGAAAUGUGCAACCAUAACUCCUGAUGAGACCCGGGUCAAAGAAUUUGGACUGAAGUCUAUGUGGAGAAGCCCCAAUGGCACAAUAAGGAACAUUUUAAAUGGUACUGUAUUUCGUGAGCCCAUAAUAUGCCGCAAUAUACCCAGAAUUAUUCCUGGAUGGAAAAAACCCAUCUGUAUUGGCAGGCAUGCUUUUGGUGAUCAGUAUCGUGCCACUGAUACAGUAAUCAACAGACCGGGGAAGCUUAAGCUGGUAUUUGUCCCAGAAGAUGGUAACACUCCAGUGGAGCUUGAUGUUCAUAAUUUCAAAGGCCCUGGUGUAGCUCUUGCUAUGUAUAAUAUUGAUGAGUCCAUUCGAGCAUUUGCUGAAUCAUCCAUGUCACUAGCAUUUACAAAGAAGUGGCCACUUUACUUAAGCACCAAAAACACAAUUCUCAAGAAAUAUGAUGGCAGAUUUAAAGACAUAUUUCAGGAGGUUUAUGAAGAAAGGUGGCAGCAAAAGUUUGAAGAACACUCAAUAUGGUAUGAGCAUAGGCUAAUUGAUGACAUGGUGGCAUAUGCACUCAAGAGUGAAGGUGGAUAUGUUUGGGCUUGUAAGAAUUAUGAUGGUGAUGUUCAAAGUGAUUUACUUGCUCAAGGAUUCGGCUCAUUGGGCCUCAUGACUUCUGUGCUGUUAUCUUCUGAUGGCAAGACAUUAGAAGCUGAGGCAGCUCAUGGAACUGUAACUCGGCAUUUCCGGUUUCAUCAAAAAGGACAAGAAACCAGUACAAACAGUAUUGCUUCCAUAUUUGCAUGGACACGAGGACUGGAACAUAGAGCCAAGCUGGAUAAUAAUGAAAAAUUACUGGAUUUUGCUAAGAAGUUGGAGGCUGCAUGUGUUGAGACGGUAGAGUCAGGAAAGAUGACCAAAGAUCUUGCCCUUCUGAUUCACGGGCCUAAGGUAUCAAGGGAAUUUUACUUGAACACUGAGGAAUUUAUUGAUGCUGUGGCGUCGAAUCUUGAGAUUAAGCUUCAAGAGCCUGCAACUGCAACAGUCUAA